GCUCGUCUCUCUCACCUUCACUUACAAUCUCUCAGACGCACUGAAUAUUCAGAAACCACAUCAAUGGCCUCUUCACGAUCUCUCACCACCGCUACUGGUCUCACGAAACUCCUCCACCCACACCUCUCACCUCAGAUGACCAGUCCCUUCCCUAUUCGUUCACUUCGCAGCGUCGCUCGCGGUUCCCGAGCCAACUCCGAUCUGACCACCGCCGUCGAUCUCACGAAGCUCCUCCGCUCAUUUUGCACCGUCUCUGUUCGGAGUAGCGGCGAUUCGGAGUCCAACGCCGACCUCAGCUCCAAAAACCCCUCGAUUGACCUCAAAGAUAUAGGAGAACGUUAUCAGGAUAGUAUGAGGAAAAAGGCAUUUGAGAAGAAACUGGUGAAUGAUAGCUUCUACCUCAUGAGGCUUGACCUGCCUGGUGUGAGCUCAGAUGAUCUGAAAAUGUGGGUUAAUGAGAAGAAAGAUGUAGUGUUCGAGGCAAACUGUCGGAGGGAAGCCAAGUAUGGGUAUGAUGGAGGCUUCUACAGUGGCAACAUUCCGGGGUGUCCAUUGCUCUGUGAUAUGGAGCAGCUCAAGUUUGAGAUGGAUGAUGGCGUAGUCUGGGUUACUCUUCCUCUAACUGAAGAUGCCAAGAGGGCCGUAAAGUGGCAACGCGACUUGUUGGUGAAACCGGAGGCACAAGGUGGUGGGCCCCAUCAGAGAGACUAUGGCAGGAAGGUAAAGACAGAGGAUGCCAGAGGGUUUUCCUCGGACACCAUGCCUACAAAUCUCGUUGAGCUUUUUAUACGCGACCCCAAUAACAAGGCAAGAUAAAGCAUUAGGUUUUGAAGCAAGGCAACAAGCACAAGUAAUCACAAUUUUUUUGCUGAACAUGGCCUCGUCUGUUUAAUGUUUUGAUUUUCUCCCAGGUGGCCAAUAUUUUUGAAGUUAUUUUAUGUGAUUUAUACUUAUGUUAUACUCCGUUAUGAUCCUUGCACUAAAAUUAGUUGUGAUGUGUAGUGAAGAAGACCGUUGAUGCUUUGACAUAUGUAGCAUAUUACAUGGCUUGUGUUUUUCGGAUU